AUGGAGAAAAAAACCAAGAAGGAGGUCGACGAGCUUCGGGGAAUUUUGAAGGAUAUGUCUGGUAAUAUGAGAUUGUUCUCCCUUACCAUGAGGUCCCUCUACGCAGAAAAAGCGGUGGGCACUGACGAAGAGGUUGCCAAAGAGUUCAGAAAACUCCGCGACGACACCAGGAAUGAUGCCAUGGUGUACAUUGAGGGCAUCCUUCCUCUAACAACCGAGUUUGUCACAUCCAUCAGCGCAUACUUUGAUAACUACGACGCUCUUUCGUUUGAUGAGUGGCAUGAAAGUAUUUCCUCGAUCCGCAAGGAUACUGCUGAUUACAAGAAACUCUGUAUGACGAUAUUGAAACUGCAUUACGACAUUUUGGUGCCCCUUAAGAAGAGGAGAGACCAGGCUGGUAUGCUCGUAUCUAAAAUAAAUGGCCUUGACGACGAAUUUGAGAAGAAGAAGGAAGAGCAGCUAAAAAUGGCAGACAACCAACGCUUUUGGGCGUCGGCUCUUUGCUUUGUCCCGUACGUGGGUACGAUUGCCAGAACCAUUUUAGACGCUAGUGCUGACCAAAAUUUGGCAAAAGCCACCGCUUUAAAAUUGCAAGCCUUUAUCCACGGAUCAGCCGCCUUGGCAGUGAAAGAAACCCUCAUCCCCGCUUUGGAAACCUUCAUUGAGGGAAUUUCUAAAGCAGCUAACUUCUUCUCUAUUAUGGAACAAGAAUUGCAAAAGUUUGAAAACAACGCCAGGAAGAGCGAGGACAAACCAACUGAAGUACAAAAAAUCUUCUACAAAGUAAUGAAGGUGGAAGCCAGUGAUAUGAAGUCUAUUUGCCAACUUUUCCAUGCCGCCGUACCAGAAGUCAAGACCGAUUUCCAAGCCUUGCCUACAGAGGGCACGGACCGCAACUACGUGGACGAAUGGCUGAAAAAACAGAAAAAGAUGAUCGAAGAAGAAUGUAAAGGUAUGCUUGCCAGAAGGAUAUUUAGAGCCAUUGCAAAUGCAUUGUAG